AUGUCUGACGCCGAAGGAUUCGAGGUCGUCCAACACGACGAGUCCGUCCUCUCGGGCGAGGAGACUGCCGACACCACGGGCACUGGUGAAGCAGUCGACUCCCCCAAGUCCCCCCAGUCCUCCGCCAAGUCGCCUCCGAACGGGACCAAGCCCGCAGCUACUACCGCCGCGAGGCGACCGGGUACCACGACAUCUACAGUCCGUCGCACUGGUACGACUCCCGGCACCGCGCCGAGAACCACUGCUACGAGCUCUACCGCGCGCGCCAGCGGCCUGACGAAGCCACCCACUCGCCCUCCCGCCGGGAGCACUGUCAAGCGGCCUGCUGCCACGAGCUCGACCAUUGGCCAUCGGUCACAGCCGUCCAUCUCCGAAGAUGAAAAGAAGAAGUCGACCAUGACCGGCGCGGCCCGCCGAUCCUCGGUUGUGCCCAGCAGCCUGACUACAUCUCCUGGGAAGACUGGCACAAGACUGACGCCGUCCACCACCACCAGCGCCAGAAAACCUGCUACAUCGACCACCACCGCGUCGCCAAGAACAAGCACCACGGCUAGAACUACGUCUUCUACAAGUGUCCCGAGUGCUCGCCCUACCACCAUCACACGACCUAGUGCUACCGGAACUACGGCUGAUGCGAGGAAGCCGCGUCUAUCCACCGUUGCAGGCUCGCCAGCGACCUCCACCGCACGCCACGCGACUCGCCCGUCAACUUCUUCGACUGCUUCCGUCGCGGCUGCUAAGGACGUGGAAGAUCUAAGGGCAAAGCUUGCCGAGAAAGAGAUGGAGGUCGAGUCACUGAAAGAACAAGUUGCUUCUUCGCAAGAGCGGGUCACCGAGUUGGAAGACAAGAUCAAGUCAGAGACGAACGGAGUCAAUGGCGCCGAAGAUACUGUGCACGAGGCCCACGAAGGGCUGCUGGAAGCUUUGAAGGCCGCCCACGCAACAGAGCAAGAAGCGUUAGGUGCUCAGGUUGCGGAAGCCCUCGAAAAGCUGAAGAUUGCCGAGGAGCAGCUCGAAGCCCAUAAGACAGAGCUGUCCGGUCUGACUAGUUCGCAAGAGGCGAAGGACACCGAAAUUACCGAUCUACAGGGCAAGCUCGAGUCCCUCCAGCUCGACAAAGAUACCGGCGCGACAGACAGUGAAGCCGCACAGGCCAAGGCUGCUGAAGAGCACGCCGCGAAACUCCAAGAGCUGCAGAAAACUCUGGACGAGCAACAUCAGGCCGCGAUUGAGGCUCUGAAGACGGCGCACGCGACAGAACUUGAUCAGGGCAAGUUGGCCUCAAGCGAACACGAAAAAGCACUUGAGGAGCUUAAGAGCGCCAAUGAGACACUGCAAAGUAAGGUUGACGAACUGGCCUCCUCGACGGAGAGUGCAGGUGCCACCAGUGCUUCCAAGAUAGCUGCGCUGGAAUCCGAGCUUGAAGAGCUGAAGUCUGCAGCUGAGCAGGACAAAGCCGCGCUUGCUGCUUCGCAGUCGGAAUUGGAAGACCUCAGGACAAAACUUGCUGAGUCUUUAGCUCUCGUGGAAGCCACCAAGGAAGAAUUGGCCAAGUUUCAAUCAGAUUUCGCCGCCAUGCAGAAGGAACUGAGCGACGCAAAGGCGGAUAUGUCGUCCAGCUCCGGCCUCACCGAUCAACUAAAGGAGAUGGAGGACAGAUAUGAGAAGUUGAAGGUGGAUCACAAGUCUUCGAUGGACACUCACACGGCCCAGUUGAGGCAGAUCUCCAAGGACUAUGAGGAUGAGAUCGAGAGCCUCAAGGGAGAUGCCUUCUUCAAGCGCAAGUUCCAUGUACUUGAAGAGGAACACACAGAACUCAAGACCCAGUUUGGUGAGCUGAGUGGAAAGCACGCGAAAUCCGCCGAUGCCCAUGCGCAAGAGCUAGAGGCUGCAAAGACCGAACAUGCAGCUGCAGUCCAGGCACUGUCGGCCAAGGAAGACGAGCACCAAAAGGCUCUCGAUGCUCUGCAGGCCAGCCAUGCUAUGGAUUUGGAAACUGCCAAGAGCGGCGCCUCUGCCGACAAGGAUGGACACCUAGCGGAACUCGAGUCUCUGAAAGCUAGCCAUGCGAAGCAAAUUGAAAUUGCCAAAGAAGAGAGCGAGGCGAGCUUGGCAAAGGAACUGGAAGCGCUGAGAGCUGCCCAUGCCGAGGCACUCGACACCCAGAAGCAGGACUUCGACGCGAUGAUUGCCGACUUGAAGGCCAGUCACGCACAGGAACUUUCCAGCAAGGAUGCAGACGAUAGUGCGCAUGCUACCGAGUUGCAAGUACUAAAGGCAUCGGUGGAGGAGGCGCAAGCAGAACUGGAGAAUGCUAGAUCAAGCAAGGCGACCAUUGAGGCUGCCCACGCCGCUCAACUGGAGAUGCUAGAUGCGGCUCUGAAAGAAGCACAGGCAGAGCUUGAGCAAGCUAGAUCUAGUAAGGGGGCCGACGUAGCCGCACACACUGCUCAGCUAGAGGCACUGAACGCGGCCGUCGCAGAUGCCCAGGCGGAGGUUGAAAAGGCCAGGUCAAGCAAGGACGCCGACGAAAGCGCCCAUGCCGCUCAGCUGGAAGCAGUGAAGACAUCCUUGGCAGAGGCUCAAGCAGAACUGGAAGCCACCAAGUCGAGCAAUGAGACAGAUAGCAGUGCUCAUACCGCUCAGCUCGAAGCAUUGAAGACGUCAGUGGAGGAAGCCCAGGCAGAACUCGAGAAGGCGAAGGCUAGCCACGCUACGGCUCUCGAAGCUGCCAGGAAGGAGAAUGACGACGCUCAUGCCGCCGAAUUUGAAAAGUUUAUUGCCAUGCAGUCCGAGGCUGUUGAAGCGGCCAAGAACUCCGCUGCAGACUCCCACAAGGCGGCAAUCGCUGCGCUUGAGGCCAACCACGCACAAGUCCUCGAGGAACUUUCGACAGAGCACGAGAACAAGCUCUCCGCCGAAACCGUGAGACUGCUUGAAUUGCACUCCGAGUCUAUCGAGGCAGCCAAGAAUGAGGCCUCGGGUUCCCAAAAGGGGGUUAUCGACGCGCUCGAGGCUAAACAUGCUCAAACUAUUGAGGAGCUCACAAAGAACCACGAGGAGAAGCUGGCUGCCGCAACAUCGGACUUGACCUAUCAUCAAGCUGCUGCCUCCAAAUAUGAGACUGCAUUGGCAGCUACGGAGGAGGCGCUGGCCAAGGCACAGGCCCAGAUUCAAAUCGUCGAAGGGGAAAUAGCUGAAGCAAAGGCCAAGAGCGACUCUCUUGUCAAGGUCCAGGACGAUGCGGAUCAACUGCACCAACAGCUUGCGGAGGCCAAGAUGGCCAAUGUGGAGCUGAUGGCCGAGCUCGACGCUCUCAAGAACCAAAAGCCGGACACGUCAGCUAUGGACUCAUUGAAGUUGGAGAUGGAGGAGUUGAGGAAGUCGCCGGCCAAGUCGGUUGGUGACCUGGAGGAUUUACAGAAAGAUGUUGACGCUAAGAAAGCAGAUCUCAACGCCCUCGAGGAGCAGCUGCAGGCAGCUCGGGAGGAUGCCCUCAUUGCGCAGAAAGAUCUCGAGGCACACAGACGUGACACGGACGCGAAAUUCAAGAAUCAGGAAGCCGACUACAAAGACAUGUACGAGAGCUUCACCAACAUGGUCGAGGAAGAGCACAAGAAGAGUGCGGCGUUUGAGAAGGUAGCCAACGACGUGAAAUCAAGAUUUGCUGAGAUGGAGGCUCAGUUGAAGGUCAAGGACGCCGAGAUCGCCGAAGCUCAGGCAAAGGCUGCCACGCCGACACCGAAGAAGGGUCUUUCGGCAAGCCGGUUCGCGGAUGACGGCGGUGAAGCUGGAAGCAAAGAUGGCGAAGACGCUGCCGAGGCAGAGGCUCCCGCGGGUGCAGGUGAGGAGCCAGAUCAUUCUUCGGCAGCGAUGAGUGCGCUGGCUCAAGUUAAUUUAUCCCUCAAGGGCUUACAGUCCAUCGACAACGAGAUGAGGGAUCGAAACCUUCGCAUGCUCAAGUCAAUGACUGUGUCACGAGAUUCAUGA